UCCUCCUCCCCCCCCUCCCCUCCAGUCUGGAGGGUUGUGUUCGUGAGUUGGCCGUGUGGAUCCUGUGGAGCUGCCAUGGAGAGAUUCAUCCCAGAGCACCCCCUGCCAGAGGCCAUCCAGAAGAUGUCCCGUGCCGAGACCGUGUGCCAGUUCUGUGGGGUGAGCUACCUCGUUCUGAACGAGGUGAAGCGGCUGGAGGAGGUGCAGAGAGAGAUGAGAGCGGAGAUAGAUGACCUCACGAAACGGCUAAAGGAGGUGACCUCGCAGAGGGAUACUGCGCAGACGCAGCUGGGCCGCGUGAUGGGAGAGGCUCAAGCCGCCGAGGCCUUCCGCGCUCAGGAGGCCUCGCUCAGAGAGCGGCUCGCCCAGGCCGAGGCCGGGGCCUCCCUCGCCCAGGCCGCCCGCGACACGGACCUCGAGGCCCUGCGGGGAGAGCUGGGCGAGCUCCGGGCCUGCCUGGACGAGGAGAAGGCGGCGAGGAGGGGGGCGGAGGCGGCGUUGGCGCAGGCCGAGAGCAGGGCCUCGCGCGGCCAGGCGGCCCGCGGCAGGGAGGCCAACGCGUGGAAGGCGAGGCUGGGCGAGCUGGAGGCUUCGCUGGGCCUGGAGAGAACGGCGGCCGAAAAGUCGAGAGAGGAGCUCACCAAGGCCCAGGCCAGGGCCGACCUCUUGCAGGCCGCUCGCUCCGAGGAGCGACACGAACUCAAGGCCCGGAUAGGCGAGCUGGAGGCUUCGCUGGGCCUGGAGAGAACGGCGGUCGAAAAGUCGAGGGAGGAGCUGAGCAAGGCCCAGGCCAGGGCCGACCUCCUGCAGUGCGCUCACACUGAGGAGCGACACGAACUCAAGGCCCGGAUAGGCGAGCUGGAGGCUUCGCUGGGCCUGGAAAAAACGGCGGCCGAAAAGUCAGCGGAGGAGCUCACCAAGGCCCAGGCCAGGGCCGACCUCCUGCAGGGCGCUCGCUCCCAGGAACGGCACGAACUCAAGGCCCGGAUAGGUCAGCUUGAGGCUUCGCUGGGCCUGCAGAAAGCGGCGGCCGAAAAGUCGAGGGAGGAGCUCACCAAGGCCCAGGCCAGGGCCGACCUCCUGCAGGCCGCUCGCUCCCAGGAACGGCACGAACUCAAGGCCCGGAUAGGUCAGCUUGAGGCUUCGCUGGGCCUGGAGAAAGCGGAGGCCGAAAAGUCGAGGGAGGAGCUCACCAAGGCCCAGGCCAGGGCCGACCUCCUGCAGGCCGCUCGCUCCGAGGAACGGCACGAACUCAAGGCCCGGAUAGGCGAGCUGGAGGCUUCGCUGGGCCUGGAGAGAACGGCAGCCGAAAAGUCGAGGGAGAGACUCGCAGCCGCCGAAUCUGGGACGUCGGAGUUGCGGGCGCGGCUAGGCGACUUGGAGGCCUCGCUAGGCCUGGAGAAAACGGCGGCCCGGCAACUGCGGGAGCGGCUCGCGGAGGCCCAGGCGGAGGGGGCCUCGCGGGACCGGGCGGCCCAGGAGCUGCGGGCCGCACGGCAGGAGCUGGCGCUCGAGCGAGAGGAGUGGCGCCGUCUGCGGGUCUCGCUGGCGCGGCAGCAGGAGGGGGCGGCCGCGGAGGCCCGGGCGCUGGCCGAGGCGCAGGCCUCGCUGCGGAGGGAGGAGGCCCGGGCGCUGAGGGAGAGCGGCGAGGGCCUCCGGGCGGCGCUGGGACGCGCGGAGGACGAGGUGCUGCGGCUGCAGGAGACGGUGCGGCGAGAGUGUGAGGAGCGCUUCCUCCUCACCAAAGCGCUGCACCACGCUCAGGGGCGCGCCCGGGCCACUCGCGACCCCUCGCUGUGAAACACGCAGAGGCCAUCGCUGCCGCUGCUGGGUCACCGCUGGGUCACCGCUGGGCCACGUCUCUUGACUACCUCGAGGUCACCGCUGGGUCACCGCUGGGCCACGUCUCUUGACCACCACGAGGUCACCGCUGGGUCACCGCUGGGCCACGUCUCUUGACCACCACGAGGUCACUGCUGGGUCACCGCUGGCCAUGUCUUUUGACCACCACGAGGUCACCGCUGGGUCACCGCUGAGCCACGUCACUUGGCCACCACGAGGUCACCGCUGGGUCACCGCUGGGCCACGUCUCUUGACCA